ACGUCGUGACGUCACUCACUUAGAGAACAAACGCCGAAGCUUAGAACGGAAUUUACCGCCGGCAGACGGGAGUAGCAUAAGAGAAAGUCUGAAGCGACAAAUAGCAGCGUGUGUAUGAAAUAGCUAGACAUUUACUUUAAUUUGACCCAUCAUCUGCUUAUAGGACAGGGAAUUGAUUUUAAACAAGAAGAUGGCUGUGAACGUCUAUUCGACCUCAGUGACUAGCGACAACUUGAGUCGCCAUGACAUGCUCGCUUGGAUAAAUGAGUCUUUACAGAUCAACCUCACCAAGAUUGAGCUUCUAUGCUCAGGUGCGGCCUACUGCCAGUUCAUGGACAUGCUGUUCCCUGGCAGUGUGCCUUUGAAGAAAGUCAAAUUUGGUGCCAAGCUAGAACAUGAAUUCAUUCACAACUUUAAAUUAUUGCAAGCUGGCUUCAAGAGGAUGAAUGUUGACAAAAUUAUCCCUGUGGAUAAAUUGAUAAAAGGCAAGUUCCAGGACAACUUCGAGUUUGUGCAGUGGUUCAAGAAAUUCUUUGACGCCAACUAUGAUGGGAAGGAGUAUGACCCGGUGGAAGCGCGUCAGGGCCAGGAGACAGCACCCCUCCCCAACCCCUCCAUGUCCGCGCUCAACAAGCCUAAGAAGAUCCUCAAUGCUGAUGAAAGCCCGUCUCCUAAAACAAGCACAAAACCAGCUGCAGCAAUCGCACCACAGCGGUCAGCAGCCGUGGCCAAGCCCCCACCUAAAAUGGCAUCCGGCUUGGCGCGGAGACCAGGGACAGGCGGUGGGGAUGAAGAGAGGGCCGAGCUCGUUCAGGAGCUGAAUAUAUUGAAGUCAACGAUUCAGGACAUGGAGAAGGAGAGGGAUUUUUACUUUGGCAAACUGCGGAACAUUGAACUCAUCUGCCAAGAGAAGGAGGGCGAGGGGGACCCCACACUGCAGAGGAUUGUGGAUAUACUGUAUGCCACAGACGAGGGGUUUGUCAUACCGGAUGCUGAGUCAGAGGACCAAGAGGAAUUCUAAGACUGGAUGCAACUUUAAUAUCACCUGUACCCGAUGUGCCCCAUUUCCCACCUGCCAGAUUAUGUUAUGCAUUUGGUUCCAAAUGAACUUUAUGUCACAUUGUUUCAUCUGCAAACCCCCCUCCUUCCCCCCCGAUCCUCCCCAAAAAAACACAGCUAUGCUCUCCAGUGGAGUGCUGCCCCCUGUCUCCUGACCUGAGUACAUAGAGCUCUGAGAGGCCCAGCCGCUAGGAGCCUGUCUCUGGGCUCCGGCUGGUAAGCCGUUUGUAAGGUUCCUCUUCAGUUUUGCUGGGAGCUUCUCUCUUGACUGAGGCCGAAGAAGCCUUCGUAAGAUUCAGCUUCAGCGUUGUCUGUCUUCUCUCCAGGGAAGUAGAGUAUUUCUGCCACCUGCACACCUGUCUUUUAAAAAAAAAAAAAAAAAAUAGUUCCUUUAUCCUAGUACUGUUUCACCUGUUCACUUGUGUAGUUUUUUUGAUACUGCAAAGAGAGACUCACUUUCUAAAUGUAUUGGUCUUAGCUAAUAAUUUCUAAAUGCGCCCACAUUGUUACAGGUUUUUAAAGACAGUGAUGGUUAUUACCUUGGUAAUAUAUAAUUUUUUGUUGUUUUUUACUUCUGGAGCAAAACUGAUAUAAGGGCGAUUGGACGUCAGACACAUCAAUCAAUGUUCUUUCGGUGAGCCACAGUGUAUGUCAGUGUACAUAAGAUGCAAUCUUUUUUGCUUUCACUAACUACUUUCCUUCUGGGUUGCCAGUAGAGUGGCUUAACCCAAAUUAUGAAGUUAGCCUUGCGCAACACUUGCCGUGAUAAAUCCAAGAGCAGUUAUUCCACCUCCGUAUUCACAUGUAACAGUAUGUCAGGGUGUGAUGUUCAGAUGGUGCAAAAAACACCAAUACUUCAUACUGCAAAGGCUUGGUAAGGCCCAGGGUUCACUGCAUGUGGUCAUUUUCAGGGGUGUACUUAGAUUUUCGUCUUUGGCUUGGAUCAAAUCAGACCUUCCACCCAUUAAAUCCCGAAUUGCAAAAUUUGGCUUUUGAUCCCAUUCUAAUUAGUAUUUUGCUGAUGGAUCAAAGAUUUGACUUGAUUUUGCCCUUAGUGUGCCUGUGAAGCAAGUUAGUUGGGCAUAAGUGAUGUAACUGUGGAAAAUGAUUGCAAAUGUAAGUCUUUUACCAUGGAGAAUGUGAUAAAAGUUCCCCAGAGGGAACUUUCUCUUAACGGAGCCCUACACAUUUCCUUUUCUAUUUACCUUUAGCAUGUGUUUUCUCUGCUUUGACAGGUUAACGUAACCAAAUUACUUCAUGUGGGAAAAAAAAAAAAGACCGCGGAGAGUUUAUACCCAACUAAAUUGCCUUAUUUUUAACGAAGUUAGCUUAUCUGGUAAGAUUCCACCUAAUGCAUAGAUGUGACUGUUUCUGGAUGUUCUCGUUUUUGGCAAUUGUUUGUGAUGCAGUUUGAAGUAUUUGUAACUGAGCUCUUAUCAUUUUUGCUGCUCUGAAAUAAAGAUGUCUAGAGAAACUGGCAUUAGACAAUGGAUGUUUCAGGAGAGGAGCGCCCUGCCCCAGACGCAGUCUUCCGAUAUUGCUGUACUCAAAGAAAAAUAAAUACGUACUCUACACUCACGCGCGUAUCACUUGCUGUACUGCGGAAGCGAGUAUGCUCUGGGAUACUGCAGCUCUGUUAAGCAACAUCUGAAGCUGCAAGUGUAUUUCCUGUUUUUGAAGCUUCCAGGGCUGAGGUGCAGGUAUAGUAUUGACUGCAGGUUCAAAUUUAUGUUCCGGUAGUUUAGUGGGUGUUCCCGUUAGAAUUUAAUCAUAGAAAAUUCAUAUGGGAAUCGAGCUCUAAGUGAACUGAACUUGCUGUGCUCCUGAAACGCAUUUGAUUGGGAAGAUGAAUGGCUUUUACAGUGAGGAAUACGAUGGAAUUUUUCGGUAGAAGGUCAUCUUCAUGGAACCUCUACAUGCAAGCAUUGUUCGUUUUUUCUCACGGGCAUAACUUCUCAGCCAAACUGUGAGGAGGACAUAUGUCCUGUUGGCUUCUGAUUUUUGUUGGCCUGAACUGCAUGGUUGCAAUUCCAUGCGUCUGGCAUGUGUUUUGCACAAAAGGGAUAUGAUCGCAUAGCUUCAUUUUAAUGCGCCAGCUGGUGUGCUCUAAAAUAUUUUCAUGCAAAGGAAGCUUGCUGUUUAGCCUCGUGUUGAAGCAGUAAAUGACUUGCAUCAAGCUUCAAGUAGGAAGGAAAAUUAUUCAGACAAAAAUCAUAACUAUGAAAGGGUGUAAUGUAAUCUGUGGCCUGGUAUUUUUUACCUAUUGGUGUUCUGUACUUGGAGUGGAAGCCAUUCUGGGGUGUAGAACUGCAACAAAGAAUGAUCUCCAAAACAUUGUUCAAUGAAAUCCGUUUUGUAUUUCUACAUACAUAUUCUUGGAUUUUCUUAUUUUGUGCCAAUGUGUUCAUUUUUGUCUUUCAUGAGGGAAAUUUUCCCGUGUUGGUGUGAAAUAUUACUUUUUUGAAGGAGGUAAACAGUGAAAGGGUUUUCCUUCUGCUGCACUCAAGAUCUGCAGUGGUGCUAUCUGAGAUUUCUCCUGUGGCCUUUUUACUAUUUGCUGACGUUCUUGUACACUGUGGACCAUGUACCUCGAUUGCUUUCUUCCUGCAGGGUGUUGACUCUUUCCCCCCCAUUUUUUAAAAAUUCACAUUUGCUGAAGUCAAAUUCUUACAUAUAAUAAAAAUAAAAUGGUAUUUC